AUGAUGAGCUCUCUUGUUUGUUGUAAUAAAUGUUUUUUAACUCCAUUAGAAGCUAAAGAUGUUAGAUUUUUACUUCUCACAUGUUUACAUUUAAUUUGUGAACAAUGUUUCAGUAAAAUUAAUAAAUUUAGUGAAUUUAUAUCUACAAAAACAAUCACAUGCGUUGUAUGUACCAAGAAUGUCUGUUUUACAAAUAUUGGAAAAGGUAUGAGAGAGACUGAAAAGGAAUUAUUUGAGGACAUGUCAACAGUUAUAAAAAAAAUGGAAACAAAAUUGCUAAGAAUUGCUAUUUUUCAAGAAAGACAACGCCAAAUAUGGAAUAAAAAAAUGAAAGAAAGAAUUAAUUCCAAUUUUAAAAUUUUAAAAAACAAAAUGUUAGAAGUACAAAAAAACGAAGUUAAUGUAGAUGACAAGGAAAAAGAUGUGGAAGCAAUAAAAAUAAAACUUUAUAAGAAAAGAAAACAGCUGCAAAAUUUAAAAGAAAAAUGCAAAGCAUUAAGAGACUUUAAUCUUCUUACCAGUAAAAAUUACAACGCUCCUAAAUCAGUUAGUCUUACACGUUCAGCAACUAUUUCACUACCCCCAGAAUAA